AAAAAAAUGACUCGUCGUUUUGCCCUUAUUGCUUUGUUGUUUGCAUUGACUUCUGCACAAACUACAACUCAAUCAAAACAAAUCAGUCUGGAUCCGAACGCUGGACCACUCAAACUUCGCAUUGUUUUCCAAUCCGAACAGCCACCACAGGUUCAACAAACUCCGUGUUCUACCGGUAACUGUCAGCCCACGCCGACCUUGAGCCCAUGUGCUUCUGGAAAUUGUGGCUCAGUUCAGCCAGUUCAAGCUUCUCCGUGCUCUACUGGAAACUGCGGAGUCACUCAACAGGCUUCCGCAUGCUCUACUGGCAACUGCAAUGGACCUGUCGCUGGAUCUGCCAAUGUUGUUCCAGUUUUUGAUGCCUCGAUCUACACGACCACGACCCCAAUGCCUAUCCCAAUCCGAACCAUCUCUUCAAACACUGCACCAAUCAAGGUGAUCCGUGUUCCAUCUUAUUCCAACUCGAACAACGGAUGCUUCUCCCCACCAUGCGGAGCUCCAAGAUUCAUUUUCGCUCAACCACCAUGCUUCGGAAACUCGUGUGGUCCACGAUUCAUGUUCCCACGUCGUCGUCAUUUCUUCGGACCACGACCAAUCAUCAUCGGAAACAGAAAUAACGGAAACAUCAAUGCCGGAGGAAAUGUUGCUGUUCCAGAUACAAUCUACAAGAACGGAAUGGCAAUUCGUGCUCCAAUUCGUGUGCCAAGCAGUUAUCAAGAUGGGAACCCAGUAUUCAACUCUGGAAAGUAAUCUCCUUUCAGCUCAAUGUCAUCACUACUUGUUUGUAAUUAUUGAAAUCUCUUUCACAUUCAUAUCUCAUUGUUGGUUUUCUUUACAUAAUUUAUGAGAGUUUUAAAAUAAAAAGUUAAUAAGUGUU